AUGACACACCCAAAGCGCCGCGACAUCGAAUUCCCGACUCUCGACGGCACCACCCUCCGCGGCUGGUUCUACCCCACAGGCCAAAAUGCACCCUCAAUUAUCCUAGUCCACGGACUUGCCUGCCUGAAAGAAUGGUACUUCGACACCCUCGCCGAAUACUUCCAAUCCCACGGCGUCUCAGUCCUCCUCUACGACCACCGCAACUUCGGCACCUCUUCAGGCACCCCGCGGCACGAGAUCGACCCAAACCUGCAGCAAUCCGACGUGCAUGAUGCCGUCACCUACCUCCUCAGUCUUCCCGAGCAAGUGGACCCCACCAAGCUCGCCGCCCUCGGAUACAGCUACGGCUCUGCGCACUGCGUCCGCACCGCCACCCUCGACCGCCGGGUCAAAGCCGUUGUCUCGCUCGCCUCACUCACAAACGGCGAGUGGCUGCUCAACUGGGCGCACCCCGACCGCGACGCCUGGGACCGCCGCAUCUUUGCGGACCGGAUAGCGCGGGUUGGCGGCAGCGAGCCCGAAUAUAUCCGUGUUUCGCCGGAGGUGGGGGAGGAUAUGCAGGAGGCGGAGAAGACUUCGUUCAUGGCGGCGCCGGAUGGAGCAGAGUUCUACUCGCGGAUGAAGGCGGAGGUGACGCCGCAGUGGGAGAACAAGCUGACCUUGCAGAGUGUUUUCUGGGUACGGGGGUACCAGAUGGAGUCGUCUUUACCGACGCUGGCGCCGACGCCGUGGUUGAUGCUUGUGGAUGAGCGUUCGGUUGAGAUGUAUCGGCCGGUGUGGGAUAAAUCGACGGGACCGAAAGAGUGGGGGGUUAUCCCCGGGGCGCACUUUGAUGUGGUGCAAGGCGAGGGGCUGGUGAAGGCCUUUGAGCUGUCGUUGGACUUUUUGAAGAGGCAUUUGGGAUUUUAG